AUGCAAAUGAUUGAAAAAGAGUACGAUUAUUUAUAUAAAAUUGUUGUGAUUGGAGACUCAGCAGUUGGAAAGAGCUCACUCAUUGUUCGUUUUGCAAGAAAUGAAUUUAAAUUCAAUACCAAACCGACAAUCGGAGUGGACUUUGCCUCAAAAGAUAUAACCUACGAUUCAAAAAAUAUCAUUGGUCACAUUUGGGACACAGCUGGACAAGAGAAGUAUCAAGCAACAGCUCCUGCACUCUAUCGAGGAGCACUAGGAGCCAUGAUUGUUUUCGACAUUUCCAAUCGACAAAGCUUUGAAAAUUUGGAACGAUGGCUCACUCAAUUAAAGAAAUAUGGAGAACCAGAUUGUGUAAAUAUUAUUGUUGGAAAUAAGAGUGAUUUACAUCAUUUGAGACAAGUUUCCUUAGAGGAAGCUUCACAAUUUGCUCAAAAACAUGGAGCUUACUAUAUGGAAACAUCUGCAUUGAACGCAUCCAAUGUGGAGAAGGCCUUUUCGACCUUACUACAAAAUAUUUACUUGAAAAAACCAAAUCCAACCGAUGUUUAUAGACCACCAACGACGGAAACUCUGAAUUUACCAGUGGUUCCAAGUCCUGGAAGUGGUCUACAGGAUCCAAAUUUGCCAGAUCCAAGACCUACUCACUCUUCGUUCCCUUGUCAAUGUUGA